AUGUCAAAGGAUCUUUUGGCUUCAAUGAUGCACAGAGAUCGGACCAAGGCACUCUUUGGGGAUUCACCACCUCCUCCACGGGAGCACGCCGCGUAUCCUGAAGGGGAGAUAAUCUACCACUUGGGCAAUCGAUACGCUGUACGCCACGGCGACACAGUCACGAAAUACACCACAUUCCCCCCAGGCAUGGGUCGGAAUCCUGAACCCAACGAGGCGGUAGCGCUUCGCUUCAUCAAAGAGAAUACCUCAAUUCCAGAGCCCAAGGUGUUUAGCUGCGACUGGGAUCGCAUCACAAUGGAAUAUGUCGAGGGGGAGACUUUACGAGACGCAUGGCCUCAGCUUACUGCCGACCAACGCUCCAGUAUCUUGGAUCAACUCAAAGGAUAUAUCUCGCAGAUGCGUAACUUGUCUGGGACAGUUCUCUGCCGAAUCGACGGCGAGGGUGCUCUAGUCACCGGUUUCUUUACCCGGUCAGGUGGUCCGUUUCGCAAUAUGGCUGACUUUCACAAUUGGCUUGUUCGGGUCCCAGGCGCAUUGAAGCCCCAAUCAAUGUUCUGGCACCAGGUAACGGCUCAACUUCAUGAUGACUACGGCAUCGUGUUCACGCAUGGAGAUAUUGCUGCAUGCAACAUCAUGAUACGUGACGGUCGUAUUGUCGCCAUCUUGGAUUGGGAGGCUGCUGGAUGGUAUCCGGAGUACUGGGACUACGUCAAUACCAUGUCUGGUUUGGAUCGUAUUGACUGGGAGUCACUGGGUAGCCGCCUCCCGAGUCUCUUUGAUAAGCACUAUAAUCUGGAAUACAUUCUGAUGACCUUCAUUCACAACAUUGGCUGA